UUCCUGGCGGAAGCAAUCAAUGUUGGACAUUUAGUAGCACGCUUAUUCCAUUCCCCCAUCGCUACGAAGAGCACGCUGUAUAGUUUACUGACAUGAUGAGACUUUCAUGGCUCCUUCGAAGGAGCUUCGAUUUUGGUGAAAGAGAAGUGGCGCACUGGUUCCCCGGGCAUAUGGCAAAGGGACUCAAACAAAUGAAAACCAAGCUGAAAAACAUUGACUGCAUAGUCGAAAUUCAUGAUGCCAGAAUUCCACUUUCUGGACGUAACCCCAUCUUUCAGGACAAUUUGGGAAUUAAACCUCAUCUGCUUAUUCUUAACAAGAUGGACCUAGCUGAUCUCACACAGCAAAAAAGGAUCCUUGCACAACUAAAGCAGCAGGGUGUUGGGAAAGUUAUUUUUACCAACUGUUUGAAGGAUCAAAACAUCAAGCAGGUUGUUCCAGCAAUUUCAGAGCUCAUUGGAUGUAGCCAGCGAUUUCACAGAGAAGAGAGCACAGAAACUUGCAUUAUGGUUAUUGGAGUUCCCAAUGUGGGAAAGUCAUCUCUUAUAAAUGCUCUGCGAAGAACACAUCUCCGGAAAGGAAAAGCCUCGAAAGUAGGAGCUGAGCCAGGUAUUACGCGUUCUGUCCUUACCAAAAUCCAGGUGGCAGAGUCUCCCCUGCUCUUUCUUCUUGAUACUCCUGGAGUGCUGUCUCCUAGAAUUGAAUCUGUUGAAACAGGAAUGAAGCUAGCAUUGUGUGGCACAAUUCUUGAUCAUCUGGUUGGAGAAGAUAUACUGGCUGAUUACCUGCUGUACAUCCUGAACGAGCAGAUGCAGCACAGAUAUGUGGAACAUUAUGGAUUGGAAAAGCCAUGUGCAGACAUUGAAACUCUCUUAAAAAGAAUUGCCUUGAAGUUGGGUAAAACUCAGAAAGUAAAAGCCAUCACAGGUGUUGGAGACGUGAAUAUUACAGUGCCGAACUACAAUGCCGCUGCUUAUGAUUUCAUCCGUACUUUCCGAAGAGGUCAGCUGGGAGUGGUGAUGCUGGACUAAAAGAAGUGCAGUGCUGGGAUUACACAGUGGACUAUUUAUGUGUUCUUUCUACACAACAGGCAUGUGUGUAGCCUUUACAUUUCAUCCAGCAAAGAGUUAAAAAUCAGGGCCCACACUACACAUGAAAAACAAGGCUUAUUGGAUCCUUAGAAUUUGAAAGCAAUUUCAGAAGAGGUUUACAUUGACCUAUCAUAUUUUGAAAGGAACUGUCAGAUCUGCAAAAAGCAAGGAUGCAAAAAAAAAGAAAAAAAGAAAACAAAUACUCUAAUCACUAUGAUGAUUAAGGACAAUUUUAAAUGGGCCAGUUUAUUUGGGUUAGCCAGGCUUUGUGCUUUGGCAGUGCUCAUAACUGCAGUCCAAACUAUACCAAGCUCAAACACUGAUACUGUCAUGUUACAUCAGGAAAAAAAAGAUAAAACUGACAGUUUUUGUUUUGUGAAUGUUUGUGCACAGCUAAGAUUUAUUACACAGGAUACUGGAUUUUGUUCUGCAUAAAGGAUAUUACAAAUCUUGUGAAGUAGGAAUAUGUUCAUAUUUUGUUGAGAAGAGGUAAUGUAAAUUAUUUUACCCAAAUUGCAAAAAGUGUUUAAUAUGUAUAAAAUAAAUAUAACAAACUUUU